CAAUAAGUUUGUUGCCGGGAAAUCAUAUGUGCUUGGGUGUGGCUUGGCUGCUGUUCCUAACUGUCCUUACUCAUUGAGCAAACGAGAGCAGGGCAUCAAUUUGUCCUGUGCAAAACCCCUCCCUGUAACACGAGUCCAACCCAACUUGGUGUGUCUGCGUUUUGCUGGCAUCAAAGGCCACACUGCUGCGAGCGACUGCUACAAGCCUGACUCGUUACGUCAUGCCGUACCAAAAAGGGAACAGCUGAGGAGCUGCUCUGCGGGGUCUUGCCAGUUCCAAUCUUCUGGGCAGCGGCUGUGUGAAUUCCUGUUUGACUGAAUUAAUCGACCAGACGCCAUGGCAGGUAAAGGAAAGGGUUCCAAGUACAGAGGGACAGUGGUGGACUUCCCAGACUUCAACCCUUCCAGUGAUGCAGAGGCUCUGUACAAUGCCAUGAAGGGAUUAGGCAGUGACAAGGAUACCAUUCUAGAGCUCAUCACCUCCAGAAGCAAUGCUCAGAGACAGGAGAUCUGUGCAGCGUACAAAUCCCAGUAUGGGAAGGAUCUGAUUGGAGACCUGAAGUACGAACUGACUGGAAAGUUUGAGCGCCUGAUCGUCGGACUGAUGAGACCGACUGCCUAUCACGACGCCAAAGAAAUCAAAGAUGCCAUCAAGGGUAUCGGGACAGAUGAGCAGUGUCUAAUUGAAAUCCUGGCUUCCAGGAACAACAAGCAGAUUCAUAACCUGGUGAAUGCAUAUAAAGAUGCAUAUGGUAGAGACCUGGAGGCAGAUAUUGUGUCAGACACCUCCGGCCAUUUCAAGAAGAUGUUAGUGGUUUUACUUCAGGGCACACGUGAGGAGGAUGACGUUGUGAGUGAAGAACUCGUGGAGCAGGAUGCCCAGGACCUGUUCAAUGCUGGUGAGAUGCAGUGGGGCACAGAUGAGGCCAAGUUCAUAACUAUCCUGGGAAACAGGAGUGUCACUCACCUCCAGCUGGUAUUUGAUGAGUACCAAAAGAUUGCAAAUAAGGAAAUAGAGGACAGCAUCAGGGGGGAGCUGUCAGGGGACUUCGAGAAGCUGAUGCUGGCAGUGGUGCAGUGCAUCAGGAGCGUUCCCAUGUAUUUUGCAAAGCGGCUCUUCAAAGCAAUGAAGGGCCUGGGCACUGCUGAUAACACCCUGAUCCGCAUCAUGGUCUCCCGCGCGGAAAUCGACAUGCUUGAUAUCCGAGAGUUCUUCAGGUUGAGUUAUGAGAAAUCCCUUUAUAACAUGAUCAAGGACGACACCUCUGGCGAGUACAAGAAGUGUUUGCUGAAACUCUGCGGAGGAGAUGAUGACCUUGCCGGCGAGUUCUUCCCUGAAGCAGCGCAGCUAGCCUACAAGAUGUGGGAAGUUAGCUCCAUGACCCGUGUGGAGUUCAGGGGAACGGUUCAGCCGGCUGCAAACUUCAACCCAGACAGCGACGCUCAGGCCCUGCGGAAAGCCAUGAAGGGAUUCGGCACUGACGAAGACACCAUUAUAGACAUAGUCACCCACAGGAGCAACGCACAGAGACAGGAGAUUCUACAGAAAUACAAAUCCCUUUUGGGCAGGAACUUGAUGGCUGACCUUAAAUCCGAACUGUCGGGAAGUAUAUGCAGGCUGAUCCUGGGGCUGAUGAUGACUCCGGCUCAGUUCGAUGCCAAAAUGAUGAGGAAAGCCAUGGAGGGCGCUGGCACAGAUGAGAAGGCCUUGAUUGAGAUUUUAACUACGAGGAGCAACCAGGAGAUCCUGGCUAUGAACAAGGCUUACAAGGAGGCCUACCACAAGAGCCUGGAGGACUCCAUCAUCUCAGACACCUCGGGUCAUUUCUGCAGUGUGCUGGUCUCACUGGUGCAGGGUAGUCGAGAGGAGGGGCCCGCUGAUCUUGCAAGAGUCCAGGAGGAUGCCAAGGAACUGGGCAAUGCAGUCAACGAUGAGUCCACUUCAAUGGAAACCAAGUUCCUGAGUAUCCUGUGUACCAGGAGCUACCCUCACCUUCGCAAAGUGUUCCAGGAGUUUGUAACUUGCACCAACAAGGAUGUGGAGCAGGUCAUCAGGAAGCAGAUAUCAGGCGAUCUAAAGACAACUCUCAUUGCUAUCGUCCGAAGCAUUAAGAACAAGCCUUCCUACUUUGCUGACCGACUCUACAAGUCUAUGAAGGGACUAGGCACUGACGACCGCACCCUCAUCAGAAUCAUGGUAUCCCGGAGCGAGAUCGACCUGUUCAACAUCCGACGAGAAUACAAAGAGCUGCAUGAUGUGUCCCUGCACGAGAGCAUCAAGGGCGAUACGUCAGGUGACUAUCGCAAGGCCUUGCUGACUCUUUGCGGUGGAGAAGAUUAAAACCAAGAGGCCAGAACCCUUUGAUAACAUAGAAUAUCAUUAGAGUUGUGCACCAUUUCCCAUUUACUUUACAGUAAACCAUGAAGGAACUGAAAGAUGCACCGACAAGCUGUGUACCUGGGAAUUCUCAGUAAAAUCACCUUAGAGUUUAUACAUAUUUUGUGUCUAAGGAAAUCUGUAAUUUACAAUUUUCAGGAUAAUAAUAAUAAUAAUAAUAAUAAUAAUAAUAAUAAUAAUAAUAAUAAUAAUAAUAAUAAUAAUAAUAAUAAAUUCGAUUUUUAUGUUAAUCUAUAAAGAUACAAAUGAGAUAAACUUAUUUUAGAUAAACCUUAUUAUGGCUCUUUACUAGCUUCAGUGCUUUGCCAAAAAACAACAACAUGCUGCCUCUGUGUGCUAGAUACCAGCUAGUUUUCUGUACCUCAAAGUGAAAUGCAUGUGAAAAAGGGAGACCUUAUUUUUUUUUAUUGAAAUCUAUACCUUGGUGCAAUGCUGUCAAGUUUAAAGACAAGCUUCCUGUGGCUGUAAUACAAUAUUAAUGAUUACUGUGAACAUUUUCACAUUUCUGUUAUUUCACAGAAACCUCAGCUGGUAAUGUGCAAUUUUAAGUGUUCAAAUAAAUGGUGAAAAUAAA